GGGUGAUACACCAUUACUUAUUAAAAUGGGUGGGAAAUUGGCAAAUAGAGUAAAGUAUCCGCCCCUGAUUGUUGCCAAAUCCUUGUUUGAUCCUGGUCAACCUUUUAUUCCCAUUAGAGUGGCUAAUCUUAGCUUGGCACCUGUUUUUCUCUACAAAAAUACUGCAGUAGCAACUGGUGAACCGAUGUUUGACAUGGGUGAACCUGUUGUUUAUUGUAGGGAAAAUGUUGACGUCCAGGAUGAUACUGAUCAUGAUACUGACCUUGGGGUGGGGACGAAUGAAUGUUUCCGGACAAGUGAAGGGUGGCACAGUGCUUUAUCCAGAGUAAGAGGUCCCGCCUUGCCCUAUGCUAGCAGCACGGAAUCUCAACCUGAUAUUAGACCUGGACCAAAUAGUUUAGAUAAAGGUUCCAUGGGGGUUGAGGCUGUCGUUGCUGAUCUCGCGGCUGAUUCUAGAAGGUCCGACUCUCGGACUUGUCCUACUACUGUAACUGAAAAUGUUAGUCAGUGCUUCAAGGGGAGUUUGAUUUAUCCCUCCUCUGCUCAGGAGACUUGCUCUAAUCAGGCCCAGUCCUGGCAAGAGGGAGACAAUGCAGUAUGUACAUCACAGGGCCAGUAUCGUGAAUGCACUAUGAAUGAAGAUCCCGACUAUAUGAAACCGAUAUUAGACAAUUCUCGGACUCACUUGACAGAUGGGACAGAAAACAGGUUGAGCAGUUUCUGUUGAAACAUAAAGAUGUUUUUGCCAAAACUAAGUAUGACUUGGGCAAGACAGGUGUAAUUAAGCAUAAAAUUGAUACAGGAAAUGCUCGACCAGUUAAACAGGCCGUGAGACGAAUGCCUUUAUCCAAAGAAGCCGGGUACCAAGAGACCCUGGACGAAAUGUUAAAACAUGGAC